AUGACUAAUAUAAUUCUUUCUUUUCAAAAAAGAAAAAUGCUAAAAAUUCGAUAUUGUUCAAAUCUAACAGCUCGUUAUCAAUCAACAUCAUCUGUAUUAUCUCGAAGUCAUUUAACCAACGACGAAAUUCGUGCUCAUCGUCUUCGAAUAUUCAACAAUGAACGUCAAAUUCAAAUGGAACGCAUUCGUCGAGUAGAAAAAAUCGAAGUUGAUGUUCAUGAUCCAAUUGAAUCAAAAAAAUUGUUAAUGAAUAAAAAUUUAUCAACUCCAUAUCAUUGUGCUCAACAUUUAUCAUCAAUUUUAGUUGAUCGAUCUUGUUUAGCUCUAAUUGAUGAUCAACAUAUAUGGGAUAUGAAUCGUCCAUUAGACCGUGAUUGUACAUUAAAAUUUCUUCAUUUCAUGGAAGAUCAAUGUGAAGAACAAAACCGGGCAUAUUGGAGAACAUGCUCAUUUAUCAUUGGAUAUAUACUAGAAACAGCUUUUAAAUCAAAUUAUAAUGUUGAACUUUGUUCAUUUCCACCACCACAAUUUCAAUUUGGUUCAUUUGCUUAUGAUGCAAAACUUAAUUUAGGAGAUUGGAAGCCUAAUCGAGAUGAUCUUCGCUGCUUAUCAAUUCAGGCAUAUAAAUUGCGUGAUCUUGAUCUUCGUUUUGAAUGUUUAAAUAUAAAUGAAUCAGUUGCCCAAGAAAUGUUUGCAUAUGAUAGAUUUAAACUUGCUCAAAUUCCUCAUAUGCUUCGUUUAAUAUCACCAAAUGAUAAUCAAACUCGUUUAACUGUUUAUAAAAUGGGUGAUUGCCAUGUUGAUAUAACUCGUGGACCAUUAGUAUCGUCAACAAAACAAAUAGGAAGAUUUGAAUUUAGUUCUAUUCAUAACAUUGAUGUUCCAUCUUACAAUGAACAAAUGCAACGUAUUCAAGCACUUUCAAUACCAAAUCAACUUCAUUUACAUUAUUGGACAUUUGAUUAUUUAUUAGAACGAGCAAAAAAGUUAAAUCGAGCAUCAAUACCAACUUUAGCCAAACUAAAAACAUCAGAAAAUAAAACAGAAAAUUCUCAAUAG